AUGAGUAAGAAAAAGGGACAGCCACAUAUAUUUGAAAAUCCAAUAUAUCAGCAAAUCCCUUUCCAAUCAUUCAUUCCAUUACCUAAGAUUCCAAAGAAAAUUCCUACAGAUGCUGAAGUAGAUGAGAAAUUUAACGAAAUGCUUAAUGAUUUAGAUACUCGCAAAGAACGUAGAGAAUUAUUUUUAUCUAUGCCUAUUCAGAAGAAAUGGGAGAUUUAUGUAGACCAAGCUGUUCAAGAUUCACAAACAGCAUCUCCUGAAUACUUAUUCCAAUGCUUGCAACUUUUGCCUUCUGCUGAAGUUUUGCAAUACAUUGCGAAAUAUGUAACAAAAGGGCGUGUUUCCUUCAUUGAGCGCUUAAUGAAUUUAGCAAUUCACAAACAUCUUUUAUCUUUACUUUCCGAUAUAUCAAAAGCAUAUUCAAUUCAUCCAGAUUUGCCAGCUAAUGAAGUCCGUUCUGGAAUUCUUGCUUGCCUGAGAAAUCUAGCAAAUACAAAAAGAGGUAGCAAUGCUGUUCUUGCCAUUUCGGAUGUAAUUCCCAUUGUUGUAUCAUCAAUGAAUGCUAAUGUUGCAAGAUCCUUUGAAUAUACUUUCGAAAUUCUUGUUUUAUUCACAUUUACAGAUAAUCCUUCCAUUGACCGUAUGAAUAACCUAAAUACUGCUUUGGAAUGCAUUGAAAAGUCCAACGGCGGCUGGAAAUGCAUCGCUGAUGAAUUAGCGGUCAGACCUGCUCGUCAAUUCCUUGUCUCGUUGACAUCUUUCCUCAAAGCUGCUUUGCUUUUCUCAUUGUCUAAGCAACACCAAACCAGAAUCGCACUAGUUCUUAAUAUCGUCAAUUCCGGAAUUUAUAAUUCUCUCGUAAACUUUAACGCAGAUCCGAAAGAUCCGAUCGGCGAGUUAAUUCAACAGAUAGCCUCAAAGGUUCAGCAAGAUUUACAAGCUCUUUCGACUUAUUACGCAAAUAAUACAAUAAUCAAUCCAUUCAGUACGAAAUCAAUCGUAAACUACCUCAAAGAUCUUACAGAACCAUCGUACUUAUUCAGAUCUUUACUUCUUUCAUUAGCAGAUAUCUCGAUGAAUUAUCCGAAAUUUAAGAACCCUGUUUUCAUUUACAUUACUAAUUUCAUGAUUAUUCUUCGAUUCUACCUUUCCCAGAACGAUACUUCGAAGCUUAACUACGCAAUUUCGAUUGCAUCGAGUAUUACUCAUCCAAUUCAAGUUCCUUUGAUUGGAAACACCUUCACGAAGAGACCACUCCACGAGAAGCUCUACGAAGACUCAUAUUUCGUUCCAGACAAAGAGCUCGGCAGCAUUUCUUUGGCCAAAUACUUAGAUUCAUCAAUUGAAUCACAAAAACCGUCGGAAUCAGAUGACGAUGGCAAGAUUUUGACGAACAAAGAAGCCAAGAAGAUGUUUGAAGAUGUUAGGGAGAAGCUCGAGGAACAAAUAAGAACAAAGGAAGAUGAGUUGAGAGCCAUCAAACAGAGCUACAAGAAAUUGCAAGACCAAAUUGAAGAAAAAACAAAAAUUGAAGGAGAAAAAGAAGAAAUGAAGAAAGAAAACGAAGAUCUCAAGGCCAGAUUGAAGACAGCGGAAUCAACAAUCGUUAUUCAAAAGGCUGCUGCUGAGAGCUACACAUCAAGAGUCAAUGAUCUCCAACAGAAAUUGGCUGAAUACGAAUCAAAACUUCAACAACAAAUUUCUGCCAAUGAAGAAAAAAUUAAAAAUCAAGAAAAUGAAAAAGUGACACUUUCUCAGAAAUUGAAAGAACAAGAAGAAGAGAGUAGGAAGAUCAUAGAAAGCUUACAAUCACAAAGCAAAGACUUGCAGAAGAUGAAUAACGAAAUGCAAGUUAAUUUGCAAAAUGAGAUUUCAAUUUUGAAGUCAAAACUCACCGAAUCCAACCAGAAAUACGAAACUCUCGAACAGAAGUCCUCCAACGAAAGCGACAGAACUGCUUCCGCUCUCCAAGAACUAAAGACACAAAAUAAAAAUUUGGAAAGUGACAUUGAAAAUUUGACAUCCAAAUUGAAUGAAAUCACAAAACAGAACGAAAUGAAGUCAAGAGAAAUCGAGAGAUUGAACGCCGACAUUGAACAAGAGAAGUCCAAAUACAAGGAGCAGAUUGACCAGAAACAGAACCAAAUUGAUCAACAAUUUGCGAUGUUAAACGAUCUCAAACAACAAAUUGACCAACAGAAGCAAAUGAACGAAGAAUUGAACAUCAAGUCACAGAGAUUAGUUGAAACUAAGUCUUCUGAAUACUCCGAUCUUUCCAAACAACUCGAGGAACUCCAGAUAAGAAACAAAGAACUCGAAGAAUCAAAGAAAGUUUUGCAUUCUGAUUUGCUUCAAAAACAACAGUCAAUUAAACAGGAAAAGGAACAGGAAAUCGAACAGAUCACAAACCAGUUGAAGAAUGUCAAUAUCUCUCUUGAAAACUCAUUGAACGAGAAAUCGCAACUCGAAGAACAAUUGAAAUCUAAAGAAACAAAAUUCAAUGAACUCAAAGAAAAAUUGAAUACUUCCAUUGAAAAUUUGAGAGAAGAAAACGAAACACUUAAAGAAGAGAUCAACAAAUUGCAGACAACGACAGCUGAUGAGAAGACAACAUUGUUACAAUCAUUUAAUGCUGAAUCAGAGCCAUUGAGGCAAAAGAUUAAUCAACAAAACCAAAUUAUCACAAAAUUACAAAGAGAAAACCAACAACUCCAAAACAAGAUGGAAGAACAAACACAGUUGUUACUUACUGAGUUCAAUAACCAGCGCCAGAAUGACCAGAAAGAACACGAAAUCAUUGUAAAGAAGUUGAAUGACGAAUUACAACAAAAACAACAAAUUUACAAUGAAGAAAAAUCGGUUUUGGAGUCAACAUUCAGCCAAGAGAAGCAGAACAUGUUGUUGCAAUCCAAGCAACAGAUAAACCAGAUCAUCUUGCAGAACCAAAGCGAAAAAGACCAAUUAACAACAAAUUACGAAAACAAGAUUAAAUCAAUUAUGGAACAAAACGAAAAUGAGAAGCAAAUCAUCAUAAACAACCAUAAUAUCGCUCUACAAACAACAUACAAUAACUAUCAGAGCGAAAAAGACCAACUUGUCAAGAAAUUUAAUGAUGAUAAGAAUAAUUACGAACAAACAAUCAAAGAACUCAAACAAAAAGUUGACCGACAGGAGAACAACAACAAGAAUCAAGCAUAUGAACUUCAAACAGCUCAAAAGGAACUUGAAAAGCAAAUUAAUAAAUACAAUCAAGUUGUCGAUGAAGCAAACAAUCGCCAGGAGAAGUUAAUUGGUCAUAUCAACAAAUACAAAGAUGCUGUUAAAGAAAGAGACGAAGAACUCCAAAACAGAGAAAAUAUAAUCGACCAAUUAAACAAUGAAAUCAAGAAACGUGACAAUUUGAUACAAACUCGUGAAAAAGAAUACAAACAGAACUUGAAGGCUUAUGAGAAGACAAACAACGAGUUGAAUGUUAAAGUACAGACAUUGAAUGAUAAUUUGUAUCAAGAGAAACAAGAGAAAGAACAAAUCAAAGUCCAAAUGGCCAAAAACAAUGAAGAAAAUCAAAAAUUGUUCGAAAAGAAAGAACAAGAAUUAAACAAGAAGAUUAAUGAUUUAAUGGUACAAGGAACAGAUAUGAAUGAGCAGAUUAUCAAGCAGUUGAACUCUGAGAAAGAAAACAGCCAUAAUUUGCAAGAGAUAAUCAAUAAACAAAGUAAAGAACUCGAUGAUCUCAAAGUUGUUCAAAACAAUUUAGUUUCUGUUUCUAAAGAAAAUGAAGGACUGAAAAGUGACAAAGAAAAUCUGACAACACAAGUCAAUAGUUUAGAGCAGAAAUUGACGAACGAAGAAGAGAAAGUCAAAGAGCUCGAGGAAUCCCAGAAACAAAAAGAAAAAGAAUACCAGAGAUUGUCAGAAAAGUACGAUAAAUUGAAAGACCAUGCAAUUAAUUUGAGAGAACAACUUGAGAACAUCGAGAACAACUCGAAUGAGAGCAACAACAAACUCAACGAAAAGAUCAAUUUACUCAAUGAAGAAAUUAGUAAAUUGUCUAAUGAAAACUCUCAACAAAAUAACCUUAUUCAAGAACAAAAAGUGUCAAUUUCUCAGACCACUUCACAACUCAAAGAAUUUGAAGCCAAGAACGAAGAUCUCAACAACAAAUGCAACAAGUAUGAAGAAGAAAACAAUACUUUGAAGCAGAAAUUGACAAGUGAAGUCAAUAAUUCAAAUUCUUUGUCAGAAAAACUUUCUGAACUCACUUCACUUCUUGAUAAUUCGAAGCAGAAUCAUCAGAAUGCACAAUCCAAGUACGAUGAAUUAGUUAAUUCUUCUAAUUCUCAGAUUAAAGAUUUGACUGAGAAAUUGAAUGAAGAAAAAGCUAAAAAUGAUUCAGCAAACAACAAACUCAAUGAUUUAACAAAGCAGAAUGAAGAAAUCUCUGCUAAGUUAUCUCAUUCUGAAUCAGAAUUAUCUUCUGUCAAAGAAGAAAAUAAUAAAUUACAAAGUGAAGUGACCACUUUAAGAACAACCAAUCAAAACAACGAAAACAAACUCCAAGAGAAGGAGAAAGAGCUUUCUGAUGUUAAAGAAUCGAUGGCUAAACGUGAGAAAGAGCAGAGUGAAGUCAUUUCUCAGUUGAUGAAGUCUGCAGACGCCGAUUCCAAGUUAAAUCAAGCAAUUGAAGAUUUGCAACAGAUGCAGAAAUCCAAUGCAGAAAAGGACAAAAUCAUUUCUGAUCAGCAGAAGAAGAUCGAAGUGAUUGUUCCUCUUCAGUUGCAAAUGACGAACUUGCAGAGAGAGAAAGAAGAACUCAACGCAAAUCUCGAGAACACAAAGAACGAACUCAAGGAGAAAACUAAAGAACUCAACGAAGUAAAUGAAAAACUCUCCAAGAGAUCGAAAGAAAUUGUUCAAUUAAGAGAUGAAGUCAACCAAAAGACAGUUGAAAUCUCUUCUUUGAAUGACUUAGUUCAUAACCAGAACCAAGUCAACGCAAAGCUCGAAAACACAAAGGCAAAGUUGCAGGAGAAAGAAGAAUUACUCGAAAUUUCGCAGAAGAAAUUGAGAGAAAUUUCAUCGUCAAAUGAAACAUUCAAAGAAAAUUUGAAUGCUUUACAAACAGAAAACGAGCAACUGAAGAAAGAGAACUCCGAAAACUCCGAGAACAUCCGCAAGCUCAACGAGCAGAUUUCAACAAUCAACAGACAAAACGAAGACAAAUUGUUGGAACUCAAACAUAAUAAUGAUGCUUUACAAAAUACGAUACAAAACGUGACAUCAAAGAAUUCACAACUUGAAGCAGAUGUCCAAAACAAAGAGAAGGAGUUGCAGAGAUUGAAUAACUUGGUAACAGAGAUCUCCGGAGAGCUUAAAUCCAAAGAAAACAAGGCAGAAGACCAGAAACAACAGCAAAACUCAAUUUUGUCUUCUAAAGAACAAGAAAUCAAACAACUCAAGGAAGAAAUCAACCAGUUGAACUCUAACUCAGAGAAACUCGUUCAGAACUAUAAUUCUAAAUUGGAAGAAUCUGAAAAGAAGAUUAACAAACUUAACCUUAAACAUGGCGAAGAAGUCACUUCACUUAACACGAAACUCCAACAAAUUUCAAGUGAAAACAAGAAGAUUUCACAAGAAAAGACAAGUUUGGAAGAAGACAAGACCAAUUUAUCCAAAGAAAAUGAAGAAUAUAAGUCACAAUUACAAGAUUUGAAGAAGAAACUUGAAGAAUUAAACAACACAAUUUCUGAUAAAGAGAAAGAAAUAAACGACCUCAAAUUACAUGUUGUAGAAACAACAGAAGAAAAAGGUACACAAGAAGUUGCUGAAGAAGAGGAAGAAGUUGGAGAAAUGGCACCUCUUAAACCAGUUUCAAACAAUCUCCCACCGAAACCAAUGAGAAAUCUCCCAUGGAAUACAAUUGACGACAAAAUCUGCCAUGGAACAAUUUGGGCAGCAGUUGACGAACCAUCAAUUGAACAGUCCAAACUCGAACUCAGCUUCGGAGAUGACAAAGCGAGAAUUGAAUUUGUCGACCAAGUCAAGGCCAAAUCCAUUGACAUCAUUCUCAUGCAGAUGAAGAGAAAUCCACAGGAAAUUGCGGAUGGUAUCAAACAACUCGCAAACUGGCUUCCUGAAGACCAGUUGACAGCAUUGAAAGCGAUCCUUCCAUCAGAAGAAGAGAAGAAACAAGCGCUUUCAUACAAAGGAGACAUAAAACGUUGUGGACCAGCAGAACAAUUAAUGAUUUUGUUGUCACAAAUCGAUUCAUUGGAGUUGCGAAUCAACUUCAUGAUCACAUUGCGAAAUUACAAAGAUAAAGUCCAGAAAUACGACACUCCUCUUAUCUCGACACACAUUGGCUUCACACAGUUGAAAGCUUCACCAAAACUGAGAAAGAUCUUGUCAAUUAUUUUGCAGAUCGGAAACUUCGUCAACGGCGGAACUCCUAAAGGAGGCGCACAUGGAUUCAGCCUUGAUACAUUCUCAAGAUUGAGGACAUACAAGACUAACAAAGGUGAUUCAUGUGUUAACUUCAUUGCACAACAAUUGGAACAAGAUCAAGCCGAUUUCGUCGAAGAUUUCAAGGAAUUGAUCAAUAAUUCAUCAUUCAAUGUUGAUGCUCUUUCUCAAACAUUGAAUAAAAUGAACAAGAACAUCCUUGAGUGCUUGCUCGAAAUGCCUAAGGCAGAGGCCAAAGUAAUUGAAGGAGAUUUGUUCUUCCCGAAGUUCAUGGAAUUCUACGGUGAAUCAAGAACGAAAUUGGAAGAAAUUUCUGGAUUGUGCAAGACUGUCGUAAGAGAUUUCAGAAAGGCAAAGAAGAUGUUCGGAGAGGAUGAAGAGGAAACAUUGUCUGAGUUCUGCUCAAAGUUCACUUCGUUCCAGGAAGAGCUAAAGGAGUCAAUCUCAACAUCAAAGCGCAGAAGCAGCGAUGUGGAGAACGCCCAGCAACAGGGAGGAGCUCCUUCUGCUCCAGCUGGAGACUCCGAAAGAGGUGUCUUGGAUAACUUGAUGGCAAACUUACAGACUCCAAAGAAGAAAGGUUUCUUCGGUCUCUUCAGAUAA